AGUAAUGCUGGCUGGUCUGAGCGCUCUGUCUGUUGUGUAGUAUACAGAGGAUCAUCAUGGAGAGCAAAAGCAAGGUGAACAACUUGUGCAAUCGGAGGCAGAGUCUGUUCCCCAACUACAAAGUCGCAGAUUCAAACAUCAAUCGAAGACCCUCGGAGAUUACUUAUCCACUUGACAAAGUAAGCUGUGUGAAGACAUGGACCUCCAUGCAGGAGCUGAGCAGGGACAUCUACGACAUUUAUGCAGAGUAUGAAGACGAAGCGGAUGACUGUGCUCCGUCCAGCUUCCUGAAGACCAAUUUACCCUCCAAGAAGAACUACACAAUCAACAUCAAUGUAGGGGGGAAGUCCUACCAGAUAGCCUACAAGUCGGCCGCCAAGUAUCCCAAGACAAGAAUUGGACGACUGGCCACCUACAUGGACCAUAACAUGAAGCUGGACCUGUGUGAUGACUACACUAUGACAAACAAUGAGUACUUCUUUGACAGGGACCCAGACGUCUUCCACAGCAUCUUCAACUUCUACAGGACUGGUGUGCUGUGGAUCAAGGAUGACUUGUGUCCUCGCAACUUCCUGGAGGAGAUCAACUACUGGGGCGUGAGGAUCAAGAACAGCCACCGCUGCUGCCGCAUCUCUUUUGAGGAGAAGCACGAUGAUUUGAACGAACAGCUGAAGAUCCAGCGCGAGCUGGAGGCAGAGCUGGAGAUUGAGGAGAAUGAGGAGCUCUUUCAUGACAUGUGCUUCGGCCAGACGCGCAGGGCUAUCUGGAACUUGAUGGAGAUGCCGUUUUCGUCUGUCAAGGCCAAGCUGAUGGCGGUGGCCUCCAGCCUGUUUGUCCUGGUCUCCCUGGUGGCCAUGACUCUCAACACAGUAGAGGAGAUGCAAUACACAACUCCUAACGGUCAGCUCAGUGGGAAGACGUACUGGGAAUACGUGGAGUCCGUCUGCAUCGCCUUCUUGACCAUGGAGUACCUGCUCCGUCUGUUGUCCACUCCUGACCUCAAAUCCUUCAGCAGGAGUGUGCUCAACACCGUGGACCUGAUUGCCAUCCUGCCUCAGUAUGUGCAGGCCAUCGUGGAGUUCUUUGACAGCACGGACUACUACGUGAAGCACGAGGCCGACAUGCAGGCGGUGGGGCAGGUGGGAAAGGUGGGCCAAGUGUUGCGGAUCAUGAGACUGAUGCGAAUCUUUCGUAUCUUAAAAUUGGCGCGACACUCGACAGGACUGCGGGCGUUUGGCUUUACUCUGCGUCAAUGCUACCAGCAAGUGGGCUGCCUCUUCCUCUUCAUUGCCAUGGGCAUCUUCAGCUUCUCCGCCAUGGUGUACACUGUGGAGCAUGACAUGCCACAAACAAAUUUCACCAGCAUUCCUCAUGCAUGGUGGUGGGCUGCUGUCAGCAUCUCCACUGUGGGCUACGGAGACAUCUACCCAGAGACAGUACUGGGCCGUCUCUUCGCUUUCAUCUGCAUCUCUUUUGGAAUCAUUCUCAACGGUCUCCCCAUCUCCAUUCUCUUCAAUAAGUUCUCAGACUAUUACUCUAAACUCAAGUCCCAUCAGUAUACAGCCUGCUCGAAGAAUCGGGGGAAGGUGAGACUUUCCGACAGGACAGCGACCAAGUUCAACCGCUGUUUUGGAAGCCCCCAAUGUCCUGCACAUUGAUGGUUUGUUAUGUGACUUUUUAUAAAGAAUAUACUUUACUGUAAAACUGUUUUAAUUAAAUUGUAUGUGAUGGGGCAAAUUGGUGGAACAGGGACAACAGAUGAAGGUUCAUUCCCCUAGGGUGGCACAUCUGAGCAUAUAUUUGGCAACUUUUUUUGUUGGUAUUAAUAUGUACAACAUGCUAUCAGGAAGAAAUGGGGGACACUUGUAUAAAAUUAGGCAAAAGACAUCACAACAUGUAAUGUUUCCAUUUGAUGUAAUAGUGCAGCUGUUUUCCCAAUGAUUUUCAUCUGGCUUUGAAGAAGUUGGAACAAGCAGGAAUAUGUCUCCCAGUUAUGGAAAGACACCUUAACCAUGAAUCAUCCUGAUCAAACCUGAGCAAUUACUUUCUUUCUAUUUACAAAUAGCAUGUUUUAUAUCUCUACACUCACCAGGAGUUCUGCAGAGGCUUGCAAAGUGUAGUAAACCUUCAAAUACUGGUGCUGCUUUUCAUGUGUUUUUAAUGUACGAUAGUUCCGCCUAUAGGAUGCAGCGCAAUUUACUUGCAUGUAGUGUAUAAGUCUCAACCAUUAAAGUCGAUUUAUAACCCAAUAUGAACAUCAUAACAGUAUUUGCUGACCCAGUAGUUUUUAAUAAAAAGACAUUUCGA